AUGGAUAUCGGUUCUGCCACGUCGACGUACCUGACCGACAGCUUGGAACUGGAGCUGGGGACCGAGUGGUGCAAACCCCCCUGCUUUUCUUGUGCUUUUGACAACAGAGCGGGAGGGAAACAUUUUUCUGGGGAGUCCUACCUUUCCAGCGGAGCCCUUAAGCGAUUAAUUUUGAAUCUUGAUCCUUUACCAACUAAUUUUGAAGAGGAUACAGUGGAACUAUUUGGCAUCCAGUGGGUUACUGAAACUGCAUUAGUGAAUUCAUCUAGAGUGCUAUUUAAUUUAUUCAGGCAACAACUCUAUAACUUGGAAACCUUAUUACCGGCCAGCUGUGAUUUUGGGAAGAUAUCGACCCUACACUGCAAAGCAGACAAUAUUAGGCGUCAGUGUGUAACAUUUCUUCAUUAUGUGAAAGUUUUCAUCGUCAGGUUCCUGACAGUACAGAAUACUGAGAAUCAUGGUCCUGUUCAUCCCUAUGAGGUUUUGGAGGCCCAGCUUCCCUCACUGUUGGUUGAUGAGCUUCAUGGAUUACUCUUGUAUAUUGGACACCUAUCUGAACUUCCCAAUAUUAAUCCAGGAGCAUUUAUAAGUCAAAAUCAGAUUCAGCUUUUCCCACCAUCGUGGCAUUUAUUACAUCUCCACUUGGAUAUCCAUUGGCUGGUGCUAGAAAUUCUACAUAUGCUUGGUGUAAAAUUGAAACAUGUUGUAUAUGGUCAUCAGUUUAUGAAUCUGGCAGGUGACAAUUUAACCAAUGUCAGUCUAUUUGAAGAGCACUGUGAAAAUCUCCUUUGUGAUUUAGUAAGUUUGUCACUCAACAGGUAUGACAAGGUUAGGCCUUCUGAAGCAUUAAUGAGAGAUCAUUGCCCAUGCCCAUGCAUUAAAGAAUUAUGGGUUCUACUCAUUCAUCUUCUAGACCAAAGAAGUAAAUGGUCUCUCUCAGAAUCGUUUUGGAACUGUAUGAAUAAACUACUCAAAACACUCUUUGAAACAUCAAGUGAGCAAAGAAGACCUUCUGUGCCUACAAUCCAGUCCAGGGAUCCAUUAGGUUUUAGUUUGUGGAUUAUUACUCAUGUAGCAUCACUUUACCAAUUUGAUCGCCAUGGAACACCAGAUGAAAUGAGACAAAUGGAAUCAAAUUGGAAUUUUGUAGAAAAACUGCUGAAAAAGUCCAUCAAUGUACAGGAUGGUAUACUAGAAGAGCAAUUACGAAUGCAUCUUCACUGUUAUUUGACACUUUGUGAUUUCUGGGAGCCAAACAUUACAAUUGUCACCAUUCUAUGGGAAUAUUAUAGUAAGAACCUGAAUAGUUCUUUCAGUAUUUCUUGGCUUCCUUUGAAAGGCCUUACAAAUAUUAAGUCACCCUUGUCUAUGCUAGAAAUGGUGAAGACCUGCUGUUUUGAUAAACAAGAUUCCGACAUUUGUAAAUCCAGAAGUAGUUACACCAUUUUCCUUUGCAUUUUGGCAAAAGUCGUUAAGAAAGCCAUGAAGAACAAUGGUCCUCAUCUUUGGAAACAAGUCAAAGGAAGAAUAUAUUCUAAAUUCCAUCAAAAAAGAAUGGAAGAACUAACUGUAGUUGGUCUGCAAAACUUUUUCAAUCUUUUUCUACUGUUAGCAGCUAUUGCAGAGGUAGAAGAUGUAGCAAGUCGUGUUUUAGACCUGCUGAAUUUCCUCAAGCCUGCUUUGAAAACAUCACCUCUCAUUUGGAAGGGUCAGGCAGCUUUCCUCUUAAUGUAUACCCAGAAAAAUCUGGACAUUGGUGUUUUGGCUGAAAAAUUUUCAGAUGCUUUCCAGGCAAAAGCAAGGGAAUUCUUGCUUUUAUCUAAAAAUGAUGAAAUGGGACAAAGACAGGCUCUCUGGACACUUCUUUCCAUCUAUAUUGAUGGAGUUCAAGAAGUAUUUGAGACAAGCCAUUGUUUGCAUCCCUCCCAUGAAAAACUGCUUAGUGAUGGAUUUAGUAUGCUUCUGCCAGCUUGUCAAGAACCUGAACUUAGGUCGGUAUUGCACUUUCUACAAGCUGUUCUGGCUAGAAUCAGGAAUAUGCAUCAACAAUUGUGUCAGGAACUUCGAAAGGAAAAUGUGGACCUAGUUGUGCAGUCUUCAUUGUCGGCUAGAGAGCGCCACCUUGCUGCAGUUGCCAGUGCACUGUGGAGACAUUUCUUUUCAUUUUUGAAGGGUCAGAGAAUGUCACAAGCAGUGCCUUCCUCUCAACUUGCAGAUGCUGCUGCAGAUUUUACUUUGCUGGCAAUGGACAUGCCCAGCACAGCUCCGUCAGACCUUCAGCCUCAACCAGUGAAAGCAAUGAUACAACUUUUUGGUUGGGAUGAUAUCAUCUGUCCUCAAGUUGCAGCAAGAUAUUUAAGUCAUUUCCUCCAAAACAGCAUGUUAUGUGAAGCACUUUCUUAUUCAGGCUGUGUAUCUUUUCAAGCCUUAACUAUAAGAUCAUGGAUCCGUUGCAUUUUGCAAAUGUAUGUAAAAAGCCUCAGCUUACCUGAUGAUUUAUUAAUUGAUAUAAAUCUGGAACAGGCAGUUGAAAAAGAGUACAUGGAACAGUUGUCCGAACUGACAAGGUUGCUGUUUAAACUCUCAGAAGUAAAGAAUAUUUUCUCAGAGGCUCAUGUUGAAUGUUUAUCCACCCCCGAAGACCCUAAAAGAGCACUAAUUCAAUUCCUUGAGGCUGUUGGUAUAACUUACAGGAAUCUGCAGAAACAUUCUGAUAAAUCUGCCAUGGUCAAAAAGUCCUUAGAAUACCUUGGUGAAAUAUUAAAAUAUAUAAAACCUUAUUUGGGGAAAAAAAUUUCAAGUGCAGGGCUGCAACUGACGUAUAGGAUGAUGGGAAUUCUUGUUAAAUCCUGGGCACAGAUCUUUGCUACCUCUGAAGCCCAAAAAUUACUGUUCCGGAUCAUAGACUGUUUACUGCUGCCACACUCGGUGUUUCUGCAAGAGAAGGAGCUGCCUGCACCUCUGUUGACUGCAAUUCAAAAGAGCCUUCCUUUGUAUCUCCAGGGCAUGUGUAUUGUGUGCAGUCAGUCUCAAAAUGCCUAUUUGAAUCAAUUGCUGGGGAAUGUUAUUGAGCAGUAUAUUGGGCGGUUUCUUCCAGCUUCACCACAACAUGUUUUAGAUCUUGGACAACAUCCUGUUUUGUUGGCAUUGAGAAACUCGGCCACUCUUGCACUGAUGCCGUUUCUAAAGAAAUGCAUUGUACAAGUCAUAAGGAAAUUCUACUUGGAGAGUAAACGGAUCUUGCUUCCUCCACGUUUAGCAUCCAUUCUGGCUUUUAUCCUUCAACUCUUCAAAGAAACUAACAUGGAUGUUUCUGAUGUUGAACAACUCCUCCCUUGUGUCUUAAAAUGCUUGGUGUUGGUCAGCGAAUCCCAAGUUAAAAGGCUAGCCACAGAGAACUUGCAGUGUAUGGUGAAAGCCUGCCAAGCGGGGUCAGAAGGAGAACCUGCGGCCCAGCUGACUGCAGUGUUUAGGCAUUUUAUCCAGGAUUAUGGUAUGAGACACGAUAAUCAGAUUUACAGCAUUUUAGAAAUAGUAGCAGCAUUGGACCAGCAGGUUGUCAUCCACUUGAUUCCUACCCUCACUCAGUCUCUGAAGGAUUCAGAGCAGAAAUGGGGCCUUGGCAGAAAUAUGACACAAAGGAAAGCCUAUAGCAAACUUUUAUGUCACCUAGGACAAGUGGGACAAGAUGAGAUGCAGAGACUGGAAAAUGCAAGCAACUAA